GAAUGAGGCGUAAAAAAAAGGACAUGAUUGACAAGUAGUCGAGCCAAUCACAGCAAAGAAUGCCAACAUCUUAAGCGCACUGAGCCAAUCAGUUUCGAGCUUCAUUUUCAGUCAAGUGAUUCCAGUUGUCUGUCUCAAAAAAAUAAGCUUUUUUUAUUUUUAUUUUUUUACAUCCUUUCACUUGCCAACCAUGUGAUGAACUAUCAAGGAAAUACGACCUGUCUGUAAAUGUUUAUAUCAAGAUCAACCUUUUACUACAGUAGAGAUGUUUAAAGGUGAAUCUGGUCAUUUUAAAAGGAGCAGUGAGUCUGGCUGAAGCAACACGAUUUAUUUAAUGUAUUUUUACAUUACCAGUCAGUAAAUAUGAUUAUUACUUGGCAUUAGAUGUACUGAAAAAAAUUAUAUUCUCUAUAAAUUUAUACUAAUAGCGAAGGGAACAAAAAUACAACUCAAAUUAAAUAAUAAUAAUAGUUGAUGUAAGAUGUAAGAAAUGGAAAGAUUCAAAGUUUAGACAGCCUUAUCCAGAGUUGUUUUGAUGACAUUCAUGUCUUGCACACCUUUGUUUUCUGUAUGAGGUGUGAUUAAACCUAAUAUGAGAAUAUAGAGCAGAAUGUUUGUUUUGUUGUUUACAACUCAAGCCCCUUAUUUAGCCUUUAUUAUAUAAAGCUUAACUUUUAAAAAUGACAACUGCGUUUUUAUAUUUUUACUCAAUGACAUAAACCAAAAAAAAAGAAAAGUAAGACCACUGCUGGUCACAUUUCUUGAGUUCACCUGCCUAUGUGUUUAAUAUUACAAUUACUUAAUCAAUGUUAAUGUGAAGUUUAGAAUCAGAAAUACUUUAAUAAUCCCAGGGGGAAAUUUGGUUGUUGAAGAAAAAAAGCAUUAGUUGUAUUUUUUUAAGAAUAAGUAGUUAAUGCAGGAGCAGUGGAUAAAAUAUGAUUUUAAAAAAUGCAUUGAUUAAACAAUAUAUGAAUGAUUAUCAGGUUAGAUAUAUGUAAUAUGUUUUUAUUGUAUUUUUACAAGUUUUUUGAGUCUUUGUUCUUCAAAGCAAUAUGAGUAAGAAGAUUAUCUGCUCUGAUUAACUGAUGAAGGGGGAGGAGGAUGCACUCUGUGGCGUGGGGGAAAUCUCCUGGGUUUGAGGACAGAUACGUCAGGUUGCUUCUUGCACUCUGGAUCACGAAGCUGCAAGAGAGAGCGUCGCUGGCUUUUUAGACACUGAGCAAUAAAGUGAGGCAGAGAUCUGCACAUCAUCAUCACAGAGAGUGCAAACCUCACCCGAAGCACGGCAGCUACAGAGGACCAUGGCAUUUUCAGGGAUGCUGAGCGACGAGGACAUCAGGGCUGCGGUCCAGGCUUGUCAAACUCCAGGCACCUUCGACCACAAGGCAUUCUUUGUACAAGUGGGGCUGACUGGCUCGUCUGAGGCUGAGGGGGAGAAAGUGUUUACAGUUCUGGACCAAGACAGGAGUGGAUACAUUGAAGAGGAGGAGCUAAAGCUGUUCCUGCAGAAUUUCUUCCCGGGGGCGAGGGAGCUGACCGUGGCUGAGACUAAGUCUCUGAUGGCUGCAGGAGAUAAGGACGGUGAUGGAAAGAUCGGGAUGGAAGAGUUCUGUGACAUCCUGAAAUAAAGAGAAUCAACACAUCUGACCACGGCUUUCCCCUCCCUGUUUUAAAUAAUGGAUCUCUUAUGGAUAUCAAGACCGUCCAGAUUGUUUGAUGCAAAGACGAGAAACCUCAGAUGUUCUGUUCCUGCCUGCUGCUCUCCCUGUUGAUGUGAAACAAUAAUGUGUAAUAAAUGUGUUGGACUGACAGCUUUUGUUGGAUAGUACUUGUGUGUUGAAUCAAUCAGGUACCUGGAUUGAAUUAUUAAAAUUGAGUGAAC